AUGGUGAGCUCAACGUCCGUUCCGUGCCCUCCACCACCAGCCACCCCAAGCGGUGGCCACGGCCACAAACCCCACCCACCAUCAAAGGAAAAGUGCCCUGAAGAUACUCUAAAGUUAGGAGUGUGUGCCAACUUGUUAAAUGGCUUGGUGAAUGUAAUUGUUGGAACCCCUCCAAAAACUCCAUGUUGCUCCCUUAUCCAAGGUCUAGCCGAUGUUGAAGCUGCAGUUUGCCUUUGCACUGUCAUUAAAGCUAAGGUUUUGGGCAUUAACCUUAAUGUACCAGUUUUCCUGAGCUUGUUGCUUAACUAA